CAGAAUGAACAUGGGAAAAAAUGACAGCAACAGCAUAAGUGUAGUAGGCUAUUAUAGGCCUCAUGUAGCCUAUUUAAUUUCAGAUUUCUGGAAGACACCGUGUCCUGUUUACAUGUUACACAUGACCUGGCCUACCCCUCCCCCGUCCCAACUGUUAACCUGCUGCCAAAAUAUGUGAAAGUCGAUCCAAACCCUGCCGUUCAGCAGAGAGCAUGUUAUUUAAAGCUGGACACCAUCAUGGCAGGCCUACGGAGCAGCUCCACUGAACUCGGCGAGGAUCCAGCCUUUAAUCCGUGAGAGCGACUUCUCUCCAUACACUCCAGUUCCGGGAGAUUCUGGGUUUUUCGUCCAGUCUUUCAAGCCUCAGAUGUCGCUCCCAGUGGUGCUGCCGGGGUCUUGCUGCCCGGUUACCGGAGCUGCGCAGCUCGCAGAGCCGUGUCACCGAAAUAGAGUCCGUGGCUUGUCCGCUUCUUCACGGAUCGCCGGCGGGGGCUCUCGGCUGCUGCUGCCCGGGCGUCCGCUGCUCUCGCUGGGCUUGUUGCAGCUGCUGCUCGGAGGCUCCAUGGUGGCGCUGUCCUUUGGAGCACUGUCCCUCAGCAACUCACCCCCCAUCCGAAACUCCUGUCCCUUCUGGGCAGGCUCCUCGUUGAAACAACUUACCCACAGACAGAUGAGAAUGCGAGCAAACUUGUUUGGACAAGAAAACGAAGACAAACGGUCCAUCCAUCCUUGACAUCGCAGCUUCAGCUUCGACCUGCUGUUGUUACAGUAGUUGUGUUCACACACUUUCUCUGUGCAGUGAGGAAUUAUUCACAUAUUUUUGGUGUGCUCACUUUAAGUUUGACAUUCAAAUAAACAGAUUAAAGAGGUCACAUUAUGGUUCAUACAUUUAUUUGAGGGGUCUGUUAGAAUUUACAUGCACAGUAUGUGAUGUACACACAGUAAAAGACAACUAAUAAAAAGUAAUAUAGUAUGUACUGUAACCACUGUCCGCAUGCGUUAUCCUGACAGUGACACCAUAAUGAGGCAGCGAGCUGCCUGAACAGACUUUAUCCUGGAAGUUGCUAUGAGGACUGUACUGUGUCCAUGUCUCAGUAACUUGGAUCUUUUCACUUGAAGUUUUUACUUGUCAGAUAGUACCUUCUUGAAAUACUGUAGAGAAAAUCUUAUAACUUGUAUUGUGAUUUGUUAACACUGUAACAAAGUUUGUCCGUGAAACAGACAUGUGUUGUUUACACUCAUUACCUGUAGUAAAGGAUUACUAGCCAAAGUC